AUGCUGCCGUUCUUUGGCUCGGUCACCAGUACCCUGGACACAGAUGUCCACGCUGGUGGCUUCAAGUGGGGCCUGGGCUGCUCCCGCAUGUGGGGGCCCUUGGCAGAUGUCAAGAUCAUGGGUGGCACUUGUGGAACUGCCAGCAGUGAGGGGACAGCACUCCUGCCAGCCAGUGUAAACAAGAAAGUGGGAGUGGGCUGUGAUACCCUGAGGAGCCUCAGAUUAUCUAGGGGGAACUUCACCCAGUGA